AUGGACAAGAUACUUGGUAAAACUGAUAUGAAUGAGAUCAAGCGUGAGUCGAAGAGUUUUGAAGGUGUUCAACAAGGUGUUUUAAUAGCUCUUUUGAAUUCGAUAGGGUUUUCCUUUGAAUUUCGUCGUCCGGAAAGGUAUGCCCUUAAGACAGUCCAAUACCUUAUAAUCAACGAUGUUUAUUAUGAAGGAAAGAAGUUAGACUUUGGGCGAGUUAUUAAUGAUUACUGUGAGAAGCAGUUUAAGACUGAAGUUAAGAAAGAGAUGUCGAUCAAUCAAGUGAAGACUGUGAAACGAAGAAAAGACUUGAAUAGAGCGGCAUUAACAUUUAAUUGGUUAGUCGAUUAUGCCGAACAAAACGGGUUUAUAGUCCAUAAGAGGUCAACUAAAUCUUCAAAGAAAACAUUACAAAUGGAAAAAAUCAAUGAGAUAUCAGCUGGUGGGUUUAUUAUCGUCUCUCAGUCACAAAUGAAUCAAAUAGGUAAGCAAAUGAAUCAAUAUAUAGUCUCACAAUUCGUCAAAGAAAUGAAGUCGUCCACUUUACAACCAUAUCAUCCAUUCUCUACUUCUUUGAUGCAAACUAAUAAAAACCAACUUCAAAUAGUCCAAGCAAUAAAUCAAAUCAAUUCACAAGUAUCAUCGACAACUUCAAUCGCUUCGAUUAUUUCAAAUUCGAAUUACUCAAAUGCGUCAAAUAAUUCUCACCUUUCUAUUGGACAAAAUACAUCAUCAGUCGAGAGUCAAGACGUCUAUGAAACAAUAGAACUCCCUCAGUAUAGGCUUCAAUUUGCUCCAAUAGGACCAUAUGUCCCUUAUUCUUAUGUUUAUUAA